GGAACAUCCGAGGCCCACGUCUCGUGCACCAGGGACUCGAUUUGGAGACAAAUAGAGGCUUUGAGCUUGCGCCUUCAGACUCAGACGAUUCUAGACUGUCGAGCCACGCGGAAGUCAAAGUGGGAGUAAGUGAAUCGAGAGAGAGUUAUAGAGCAGAGAAGGAUUGUGAGUCUGUCUGAGGUUUGGUUGGUGUUGUGGGUUGAUCUGAGAGAGAGCGACUGAUCAUGGGCGCAGGAGGCCGCAACUGGCAGCUGCUCAAGCAAAAGUUUAGGGUCUCAGCAUGUGCUGGAGUGGACAAGAGUAGGAUACAAGACGCGGAACGAAAGGAGCCGGAGGAUGAUGAAUUGAGCGUUCGGGAGAAUGAGGAGUCGGGAGAUGAGGAGGACGACGACUCGUCGGAGACACAAUUGACAGUCCUGGCAGGAGACUUGUCAUUAGAGGCUCCAGUGAAAGAGAAUUGGAGUGGGACUGUUACGAAAGAAGAACUCGGCAGGUCUACCUGGACGUUCUUACACACCUUAGCAGCGCAGUUCCCCAUACGGCCCACAAAGCAACAACAGAAGGAUGUUAAAGAACUGAUGGCUAUAAUCUCCCGAUUAUACCCGUGCAAAACUUGCGCCGAACAUUUCAAGGAGAUUUUAAAAACAAAUCCGCCAAAAGCAAAAUCUGGUCUUGACUUAGUGCAAUGGAUGUGCCAAGUACACAAUCUAGUAAACAAAAGUUUGGGAAAGCCACAAUUCCGCUGCGAACAAGCAGAGUUAAGAUGGGGAACUUUCAACUGCGACGGAGCGUGUGACCUUCAUUCUCGCCCAUGAUAUGAGACUCAGUUGCGUCUCUUCCUGUACCUUAACUGGUUUGAUCCAGAAGCAGUUUUUUAGAUCUGUGCUGCGACGAGUUCGACUUCAAGCUACGAAUUCAAGACCAUUUUCGGUAUCACUUGAGUCACCCAACUCGUUGGUUGCCUUUACACCGCCCUUGCAAGCCCAGUCUCUAUUGUAAAUAUAUCGCGGCAAAUUAGUUUUGAAGGAGGGCUGCUAUGACAAAACCAAAGAUUGAAGACACGAUUUGUCCUCCAUUUCUGCACCAACAUUCACAUCCUUCACAGUUCAGUUUACACACAAAACCCACGUUUUAUUAGAUGGAUGUUAGCAUUAGCUUGUAGAAUAGCAAAUGUUGCUGCUGCCGCUGAAGACCAUAUCUGUGCAUGCUGCCGAAGACAUUAUUUUAUGCCUUUUUAAACCUUCGAUUAUCCAAUGCAAAUGGUUCCGAGCUUUGGAACUUUCAAAUCAGAAAAAAGAGUGUUAGAAUUGGUGUAGUUUAUUGUUUUGAGAUUAGUCCAUUAUUCUCAAAAACCAGCCUGUAGAAUUGUAGAAAUGAAUCAUGUAAUGCCAUACAGUAAUAGGACAUUACCUUCGCUUCUUUCAUGGCGAGUUAUCUUCUUCAAAAUAAGAGUGAAGAGAUGUUUUUGUAAUAAUGCAUGUUGCUUUGUUGUUACAGUGA